AUGGCUGACAAAAAAGCAAAAAAAGCUGCUCAACGAGCCAGUAGUAAUGUUUAUUCAAUGUUCGAACAAAAGCAAGUACAAGAAUUCAAAGAAGCAUUUGGUUUAAUGGAUCAAGAUCGUGAUGGAUCGAUUUCAUUAGAUGAUCUUAAAGAAGUCUAUUCGUCGUUGGGUAAAGCACCAAAGGAGUCCGACCUCAAGCAAAUGCUCGAAGAAACUGGUGGACCGGUCAAUUUCACGAAAUUGUUAACAUUGUUCGGUGAUCGUCUUAACGGUACCGAUGCCGAAGAUAUUUUAAUGAAUGCAUUCAAAACAUUUGACGACGAAGGAAAAGGCAAUCUUAAUCGAGACAACCUUCGUGAAUUAUUAACGGCAAUGGGAAAACCUACAGAAAGACUAUCGGAUGUAGAGUUCACUCAAAUGCUUGAAGGCGCACCAGUUGAUACCAAAGGUCUUCUUGAUUAUGCAGCUUUUACCAAACUUAUAAAACGUGGCAAGGAAGAAGAUGAAUAA